UCUGAACAUGAGUAGACAUCACCUAUACCACAUUCAUUAAUUCCAAAACCAUACGAAUAUAAUCAAACUUCUACACUGCUAUGCAACAUCGUUGAAACACUUGAAUUUAUUCAUGAGCAUCAUUCUUGUUUUAUUCUAAUGGAGGCAUUGAAACGAUUCACUCAACGUCUUACUCUCAUAUAUACACCAUUACAGCAAUCAGAUGACAUUGUUACAAGUUGUUUUGUCACGUCGUUGUCUAUCCAUAUAGAACAGUUGUGUGAUGAAACGGAAAACAAACUUUGGCCAUCUGAUAUGAUGGAUGAGUCAUGUAAGUAGGAUAUCACUCACUCACUCACUCACUCACUUCAAUCUCCUGCUCAUUCCAACUCAUCUUUUGAUUUACAGACAUGGUGAACAUAACUGAUGGGAUAAUAGAAAUAUCUUCACAAGAAGUAUGGGGAACACUUCGUGCAUUAGAAACUAUUCUUCAGUUGGUUUACAGAAGUGAACCAGAUUCGAAGGUGAUUUAUCAAGGUGUUGUCAAUGAUGUGCCGAUAUUUACACAUCGUGGAAUUAUGAUCGACACUGCUAGACAUUUUCUGAGUAUUUCUGAAAUUGAGAAGAUGAUAGAUGCAAUGUCUAUGGUUAAAAUGAAUACUCUCCACUGGCAUGUGACAGACGAUGAAUCCUUUCCAUACUUCUUUUUCUCACAUCCUGAUCUAUCAAGAUGGAACUCUUAUGAUGAUAAAAUCGCGGUAUAUUUACCGGAUGAAGUUAGCGGAUUGUUGGAGUAUGCACGUUUAAGAGGUGUACGUGUAACACCAGAAUUUGAAACUCCAGCUCAUACCAAAAUGUGGAAUGUACCUACACUUCCAUUACUCACUGUCUGCUAUAAAGAUGACAAACCAAGUUAUGACUAUGGUCCAAUAAAUCCAACGGAUAAUGGUACAUACACUUUUUUACGCCAAAUUUUCAAUGAAGUCCUCAGUGGAUUUCCUGAUAGUAUGAUACAUCUCGGUGGUAGAGACGUGUCAUAUGAGUGUUGGCAGUCUAAUAUUUUCAUUCGACAGUUUAUGAAUGAAAAAGGAUACGGGGAUGAUUAUACAAGACUGGAGAGUUAUUAUUUUCAGCGACUUAUGACGACUAUUCUAGGCAUGAAUUCAUCAGAAUGGAUGGCAUCACCGAUUGUUUGGCAAGAUGUAUUCGAGAAUGGGUUUCGUGAAGACGUUCCUGUCAUUGUUCAUUUGUAUAAACCUGAUUGGGAGCAAGUUUUGGAUGAAGUCACAAAAGCCGGAUAUAGAGCCAUAUUGAGUUCAUGUUGGGAUUUGAGUUCAGUGGAACCUGGUGAUGACUGGAAGAGAAUUUAUGAAUGUGAUCCUGUUUCAUUUGAAGCCACAGAGGAACAGCUAAGCUUGAUAAUCGGAGGAGAAGCUCUAUUAUGGGGUCAAUACAUUGAUGACGCCAACCUAUUCACUGAAACAUGGCCAUUAGCUGCAGCUGUAGCUGAACGUCUAUGGUCUCAAGAGCCGUCUGAAACAGAUGAAUUCGCGCAACGUUUACAUGAUCUUCGAUGUCAAAUGUUGAAAUGGGGAUGGCCUGCUCAAGUAGUAACUGGACCUGGAUUCUGUUAUCCAUAAAUGGAGAUGACUGUUGACAUCAUUGUCAGGAGAAGAUUCUAUCCAUCGAUGACAUGCUUUGUUAAAUUAUUAAUACAGCUGAUAAAUAUAUACAUUAUUAUUGCUCCAUUGAAUUCAGAGUGGAACAUACACCUUCAACAAUA